AUGCCGCCCAAACUGAUCUGCCCGCUGUGUGAGACCUUUCUCGAGCAGGACUGGGAGCGAAACCAUCCAGGGCCUUGGCGUUGGAGGACUCGUCCGUGGUUCACAGAAGUCCGGGGUCUUUAUGCAGUCGAAGGUGACUUGGACGAAAUCGCGGUCACCGGGGUCGGCGUGAUACGCCACGACAAUAUUCUUCAUGCAUCAAUCGACCCAGACAAAGCCUAUUUCGAGGUGGACGACUUCAAUGCUCUUAACCUAUGGGCGAUCCGCGACUUUUCGACAACUUGGUGGUGUUUUGCGUUUCACAACUCAUGUUGGAACUUCCUUCUACAGAGGCUCCGCCUAGGUAAUGCCUCCAUAGAUGUUCCAACCAUCGUGAGGUCAGUCUACUUCCAACUCCACAACAGUCCUGCUCCCAAAGCCCCCGGUCCGCACGAUAGUAGGUGGUUAUAUAAAACCGCUGACCCGAAUGCAUUUCCCUCCUUGGAAAUAAUGGAAACAGUAAGGGGAGGUGUGUAUGCGGAAAUGCAUUAUGGACGGGACACCACACAGCCAGAGGAUAUGAUGCUGGAAAGUGACACCGGGACACGAGCAUAUUGGAGAGAGUCAGGGGCCGGUAUUAUCAGAAUGCUUCCGGAGGAAACGAUAUAUGAGGUUUUUACUUACCUAGACAUCCGUGAUGUCGUCAAAAUAAGACUUACAUGCCGAUAUCUAGGUUGGCUGGCUAGCAACGAACAGCUUCCUCCGUCCUUUUGGCGGAGUAGAUUUAUGCUCGGCCAGGAGUUUUAUUAUAUUUUCCCCAGCCUCUGUACCCCACGGAAUUGGUUCAGGCUCUACUCCGCUAUGAAGGCAGCUUCAUAUGGCCCAUCGCGACCCCUAGCCCAUAGAAAAGAAAUCUGUGAGCUAUUGGAGCCGAUUGCAUCUCUGGUUGAAUUAGAGCCUACUAAACGGAAUGGUGGGCAAGGUUUCACCUAUUCUCUGGUGAAGUCUCAACGCAAUGUUCCUGUCUUAGUGAAUAUAGGGAUCUCCAGGAGAGGCAAUCACCAUGCAAAAGUCAUGGCCUUUUUCUCUGGCCAGGUAGCAUCUCCCGAGGGAGAUUAUCCCGUCCAAGAUGAAUGUGAAUUACUUUACCGAAAGGCACAGUUAUUCGUGGGUCUGCGGGAUUGUCGUCCACUCCGGGUUGGUAUCUCGACUGUCGAAUUUGGUUCAAAUCAAUUCAUAUCUGGUAUCAAACUGUUCCCCUCAAGUGAUGGAAGCGGAAUCAGUCAAUCAAUUGGAUACCCCAACCCAGAUACCGAGAAAUGGAUUGACGUACCCAGGUACAAACGCAUCAGGGCUUUCGAAGUACACUUUUCUCCGGAAGGGCUCAAGGCUAUCCGUAUACUAUACACUGGUUCGAGAGAGUCUGCCUGGGUUGGCCAGCCUAACGUCAAGAAAAUAGCUCGCGGCUUAUUGUUGGUUCCAAGUGGAAAGGUGCCGUACUAUUUACUAGCAGGCCUGGAUCGAUUCAAAAUUGUUGCACUUGGGUUUGGCGAAAUGGCUGAACCCGGUGAGCGUGCUUCGAGAUCACCCCGUUCUUCCGCGGCCGUAACGCGCUAUGCACGUGUGGCAUCUCAUCUCUGGAUGCCACCUGUUCCACUAUACGGGAGUUCAAUCAUAAGCCCCUUGCUCCCUUGCAGGCCCUCUGGACCCUUCAAUCCACUAUUGCAUUUUGACUUUGGCUUCCGUGGGGGUAGCGGUCUUGAGAAGUUGCAAUGUCUUGACUUCCAUAUGAGAUUUUACCGCCAUCCGCUUGUUGGAAUGGUCGCACACUACUCUGACGGCAAAGUUUUGAGUUGUGGCGUUGUUGGUGAGAACGUCAUGUCACUUGCCAUAAAUGGCCCGCAGGGAGAGCGUGUCACGCAAAUAAGGAUUCUGAGGGAUAACCGCUAUCACAACCGAGCCGUUCGCUUGGUCGGGCUCGAGGUCUCGACCAACUACGGACGAACUGCCACCUUUGCCCCCCUCGCACAUCAUCUCAAUGCAUCCGCCCGAAUGAUACCAGGUGUGCCAACGGGACAUACCAUCACAGGACUCGUUGCUCAGCCAGCCGCAUACAGAAAGUAUUUCGAUCAACUUCGAAUUCACUCUCAAAAAUGCGAUGCCCCACCCGCCAUUCCGCACAAUUUGAACGCUGAAUGCCAUCGGGUGCCGGAAGAACAGGUACAAUAUGAUCUGAUGUUGCGCCAAGAUAGUGGCGAGAAGGACGAUAUGAAAUACUACCAAACCUAUGCAUCACUCAAGGGAGUUCGCAAAAUCACCGCAUCUACAGGUGAUAAAGGCUAUCUCCGCUCUAAACAUUGGAUCACCGGUUUGAAAAUCGACUAUUAUAACCACCCCACUCCAAGCGUUGUUGGGCAGUGGAUACGUCCGUUAAGCAAUGCAGCCCUUAGACUAUCUCCAGGUGAGGAAGUCAUAUCGAUUACUGUAUGGGUUGGCCUGGAUGCAUGGAUUUCCCAGUCUCCUGAGUCGAGUACAGGCAACAUUGCCGCUAUAUGGAUCAACACAGGGGUGCACAGAGCGACGUUUGCUACUCAAACAUUUCAGACCGGCGCAGCCAUACAGUCACAAUAUCUGAGUGACACUGACGAGGAGCUGACGGCUAUCUCAUGGGUAGUCAGCGCGGAUUCGGAUCGGAUUCGCGCGGUCAUCUCCCCGUACCGAAAUCAGAGACCUCGAACCCUCGAACCAACUCCCACUCCGCCAUAUGAUCGGGUAAGGAAGCUUUACUUUAUGGGUCAAGAAGGCUAUGCCCAGCGAAAGAAGAUAGUCAAGGCAACAGCCUAUAUAUACGACAGACAGUUAUGUGGACUGAAGUUUACCUAUGCGUCAACCCAUCAAGCCGCUGUUGGUGAUAUACGUGACUGCAUGUCACGUCAAAGUGUUGAUUUCUUCAGAGAUGAUGCUAUCAUCGGCUUGUCAGCCAAGAUAUCCGGCACUGCACUAGUGGAGAUCCAGUUUGAGGUCAAACGGAAGAAGACAGUUCGAUGUCUUAGCCUCAGAGACCCCGACCGUGAGCCCUUCGAGUAUGACCGGCAUCUUUACUGGGGAGAUACACCAGCCAACGUUGACACUGCAACGGACAUCUCCGAGCAGCGACCGAUUGAAAGGGUUUCUGGAACACCCGCUGAUUCCAGGUUUACUGGAAUCUUUGUGCAUUGUGACUGCUUAUCUGCGAUCGGCGCCAUAUAUGAACCUACCUCUUCGCGGUGAAUGUAGAGGCAAAUUACAUGUUCA